UAUUGUUGGAGUUGACAAAACAAUUAUGACACCAAAACACCAAAUUUGGUGUGAUUUCAACACCAAAUUUGGUGUCAUUGUUGGAGAUGUCCUAAGAGUAAAUACAUAUCUGAAUUGUGUAACCUAUAAAUACGAAGAUUACCUCCACAGAUUCUCAACAGUCUCCCAUAAUCCCAUUCUCUACAAUCGCACAAACAACAACGCUUUGUUAUAUAUUUCCCGACCAAUUUCAUUGUGUAGAAUCCAACCAACACAUAGACAAUGGCAAACGCUGAUCCAUUCUCAGUGUCCACAAUGCUCAAUUCUUUACAACAUAUCCGUUUUGCCUCCACAACAGAGCCCAUCGAAGAGGAUUACUAUCACCGGAUUCCUCCUUCACGUUGCAUCCCCGUCAUAGUUCCACCUCCAAAAAACGAUCAACAUCUAAUCAACUCAUUAUCCGGUGGAUUCUUGACUCCUCAUCAAGAACUAGAGACGCGUUUGCAGUCCAUGUUCGAUUAAGCAACAAGCUCCGUUUAGAGAGAUGAUCUCAACCUUAGACCAUUUCCAACCCAAUUCCAAAACACUAUUUUAGUGUAGCCUAAAAUGGUGAAACUUUUAGUGUUGGGUUGGAGAUGUUUAGUAUGAAAAUCACGCUAAAAUAGUGUUUUGCGAUAAAAGAAAUUUUGGUGUUAAAAUCACACUAAAAUAGUGUAAUCUUGACACUAUAAUAGUGUUUUGGGUUGAAGAUGCCCUUAGACAUGAGAGCGCUUCAUAGGAUGGAGUUGUUGCUGACGUCAGACUCCGCCUACUUCAUGAAGAUCGCAAGAAUCAAGAACGGCUCCAACCGCCUACAGAAACUCCUCGGAAAAUUUGAUGAUGGGAUGGCUUGCUCUGCGCCGCUAUCUUAAGUUGCUUCCUCCACAUCAUGACCGAUAAGCAUGCAUAGGUGUGGGCAUAUUAACCAAAACCCAAACCCGAACCGACCCAAAAAAUCCGAACUGAAAACCGAACCGAAGUUAAAAAAAAACCCGAACGGGUUUAUGAUUCAACCGGUCCGGGUACCCGUACCCGAUUGGCUAUAUCCGAUACCCGAACCAAUUACCCAAAGUACCCGAAUAUAUAUUAUAUAUUACUAACCUUAAACUUACAUCUUCCAUUUUCAUUCAUCUUUCCGUCUUCUCCUUCUUCAACGUAUAUGUUCAGUACAUACUUAUACUCAUUUUAUGAUCGAUUACAUGUAUGAAUCAUUAUACUUUGCGAUUUUGAUUUAUGUUUGAUUACAAGUAGGAUUUACGAUUUGUUUUCUUUAUGCUUUUUACACAGGCAUGAGCUCAAACGUUUAUGAUUAUUCAUGUUUGAUUUCUGUUUGAUUUUGAUGUCUUUCUGCUUUUGAUUUAUAAAUAGAUGGAUUCUUUACCAUUUUCUAUUCAAGAUAAUACAAAUAAAAAUUACACGAAGAAAAAGAAUACAGACUUAUGUUCCUCAACGUAAUAACAAAUCAGAAAAAAAUCAUAAAUCAUAUAUUAAGUUGUUCUAUCUUCUAACUUUCAACAAUAUUGUUUAUUGUCUCUCAAAAUCAAAUCAAAGAUACGUAAAAAAAAAAUUUAUUUGUUACACAGUUCGGUUAUACCCGAAAUAACCCGAACCCGAACCUUUAAAACCCGAACCCGAUCCGAAGUAUAAAAUAACCCGAACAGAUUCUAUACCUCUCUAUCCAAAAACCCGAAAAUCCGAAGCACCCGAUCCGAACCCAAACGGGUAUCCGAACGUCCAGACCUAAGCAUGCAUCCUACCUGGCGUUAACGGGGGCUACGUGUUUUCGACGAGGAGAAGAAAAAGGCAAUGUAUGAGCACACAAUCAUCCACGCGCUUCAACUUAUGUGUGACCAACACGGCUGCUAUAGAGGUUGUCACGCACAACACUCUUCACCUAAGCAAAGAUCCUUACGGGAGCUUUGUGGUCCAACACGUGCUUAAACUGUGUGACUUGCAUUGCACGUAUAACACUGCGGUUAAUCUCGGUGGCCAUUGCGUUGAGCUCUCGUUCAAGAAGUAUGGAAGCUAUAUUGUGGAGAAGCUUUUGGAGACGGAGGAGUCGAUGAUUUUGGUGGUGGCAGAGCUUUUGGAAUGCAAAGUAGACAGGUUGAUGAGGCUGGCAAGGAGUGAGUACGGGAAGUUCGUGGUGGUCAAGGCACUGAGAGUCACGCAGGAGGAGAUGAUUACGGCUUAUCUGUUUUGGGGUUUGGUGCAUAAGCUCAUGCCUUUUCACCAUCUCUUGCGUUACUCUCGUGGAAGCACCAUUGCAGCAAUCUUAGAGUCUACUUGCUAGCUUUGUCUCAAACUAGCUAAUGCCGGUUCUAGUAGUACUACAAUAUAAUGCUGAGAGUUGUCGAUUUUUACCGUUGCUUAGUUAAUUCUUGUAGUGAGGUGUUUUACUAAUGAUGGUUUGAUUCAACAAAACAUUGCCACAAUUGUGGACAACUGGUGACACUCGUCAUUCGGCUUUGAUAAAAUCUAUUGUCUACCAAACCAAGCUUUCAACUAAUUUUGUAUCUGUAUAACUAUUUAUUCGCCUCAAUUGAGAUAAAACUAUCAGUCAUGACUUUUAUAGCAAUCUCGCCUUUAUUAUCAUCUUCUUAUGAGAAAGAGACUGAAACUUUGGAAAUUUGUGUAUUUCUUAGGAAAAAAUAGAAAUUUGCAAAUUAAAUCGUUUUAGUGAACAACCAUGAAUGAAACUAAUUUGAAUACUAAUUUCAAAACUGAUUAAAAAUAAAUUUAACACUCGUUUAGACUCGUUGUUUUCAUGAGAUUGCCCUCGUUUACUAUUCUAGUGACCAGCUAUAAUGAAACCAUAGAUGAUUUGAACGGGUCAAAAGUAU